AUGACCCGUUCCAAACCCGACGGAGAAGACGUAGUCACUCCAACUGGCAACGGACCGGUCAAUAUUGCCCUGGGCACAUGUUCCGAGCCCCCCUCACCUCAGCUUCCUCCACGACCAUCAGCUAUCAUUCGUGCAUUGAACAGUGCGGCAGCGAAACGCAACAAUUUUACAGGUUCGGAAUUCAACCGACCAAUCAACGGCCAGCCUGUGGCGGUCCUUGCUACCGGUCCGCGUAAUCCACCGGAGGCACCAUUACCGGCACAUCGCUAUCAUCCAGUUCUGGUAGAUACGGUCGGUGUGCCACCGGAUUCUACCUCUGGUAGUACUAGUACAAGUAAUUUUUCCUCGGGUUUUGACACCGUCCGGCCGGUAAAUGUAACUCCGGUUGUCCAGCGACCACAACCGACAUUCUCGCCUCCGUUAUCGAAUUCUCAUACGCCCAGUCAAAAUGAGGUCCAAGCACUUCCGGAAGGUGACGUACAAUCUAUGUGUACCGCAUCCAAUUCAGAAGACUCAUCAACGGCCACACUUUCGUGCGCGCGGUCGACCGACCGUGAUCCUCAACCGGUCAAUAAUAUGACUGGUACCGAUGCAUCUGUGCCCCCACCACCAGCUGCUCCAUCAACCCGCUCUUCCGAUGAUGGUCGUUCCCGAAGUGCACGAUCCUCGCUAAAUUCCGAAUCGCUUGUCUUACCCCCACCGUCUCCGUGGAAUGUGAAUAGUGACACACCCAUGCAAGGUGUAGGUGAUGCCGUGAUGAAUAAUGCUGCUGUCUGUCCCCCAAGCAUGUUCAUGGAUUCGGAUGUCGCGGACGGAUCCAGCCUUCAAGAGAACCGGAUCUAUGAAGGCGUGUUUCCCCGACCUGUCGGAAAAUAUUCUCCGGAACCGAUUUCCGGGCAUCCGGUAUCUACGCGUAUUGUACAAUCGGAGCCAGUUUGUCCGGUAGACCGUCUCACACCUGCCUCCGGUACACCUCAAUCCGGUCCCCCGUUGGCUCUGUUCACUGAUAUGGACACAUUCGGUUCGGAUCCGUUCACCUCGUCCCCGGCCAUUUCACCGGACUAUACAAAAGUGGAGGAGUUGGACUCGGACAGCACCGGCGUACUGUCCAGCAGUAUGGCUGCCGAUGAGAACACAUACGCGUUCAGUACACUGGAUUCGGAAUAUCUGGCCUGGAUGCGGUUGAGUGUGCGUGAUGUGACCGGAAUGAAACUGAGCGGUCCCAGUCUGUCCGCGUUGGAUUUGGAUUCGGUGGAUUCACUUCGACGAGCCCAAGUGCAUCACUGGGUCGAUUUGUUCAAUUCCAAUCCGCUCGGGUUGCGGUUGAAUUUCGUGAGUCUACUUUUUUUCUGUGAUUGGAUCGUACAUUGUCGGAUGUGA